AGAGUUGACCUCCGUGUUCAGGAGGCAAGGGUCAAUCAACGGAGGCAAAGGUCAUGGCGAAGAGCGGACCAAUCAGCGGUGGGUGGGCGGUAACGUGCCCGGCUUGACAGCGUAUCAGCGUGGAGCAGGGACGGGCGGUUGAGAGAGGAUCGCCGCUGAGCUCGAGCGGGAGUGAUGGAGGCGCUUGGCUCGAAUUUGAGGAUUCCUGAAAUUUUCUUCACAACUGAGUUGCAAGCCACAGAGCCAACUUGUGAUGGUAUUGUCUUAGUUACCGACAGCAUCAACAAGCUUUCUGGAGAUCUACAACAGUUGAAAGUUCCACUCAACCGCUACAAAUCUAUUGAUGCGUCAAUCGAGAACGAAGUGGUAUUGGCCGAUGCUUCAGAUUUUCCAGGGGCAAGAGUGAUCUUUUCGCCCACAGGACCCCUCAACAGGGAUUAUGAUGAUGUUCGGAGAUUCAGUGAUGCAGCUGUAAUAGGCAUCAAGCGUGCUUUGAAAUCUGGCAUGAUGAAGCCCCUCCUAGUUUGUCCCCCUGAAGAGCUGUUCAAAGAAGCUCCAUUAGUGACUCUGCUUGGAGCUCUGCAUGCCUUGUAUGUGCCAUUGGAGAUUCGUGAGACGUGCCCAGAAAAAGCAGCUAAAGUAGAUUUUCUGGUAGUAUGGGCCUCAAGUCAGGAGGAAGGGAAGAAGCUUGUACUGCUGUCAUCAGCAUUGGAGAGUGGCAGAACUGUAUGCAGGGAUAUUGGUGGAUCUGACCCAGAGAGAAUGGCUGCUCCAAAAGUGGCUGACUAUGUUCAGAGUCUUUUUAGUAAUUCUGUUGUUGCUGUUUCAGUCACAAGUGAUUCUAUGAUUCUCAAGGAGCAGUACCCGUGCUUGGCAGCAGUCAAUCGCUGUGCCAAAGAUGUUGAGCGGCAUCGAGCACGUGUUAUUGAACUGCAUUACACAGGAGAGGGUGCCACUGAUAAAACACUGAUGCUUGUAGGCAAGGGGGUAACCUACGAUACGGGAGGUGCAGACAUAAAAGCUGGAGGUGUAAUGGCAGGAAUGCACAGAGACAAAUGUGGAGCUGCCGCAAUCGCAGGCUUUUUCCAGGUGUUGUCCAUUCUGAAACCAAAAGGAAUCCAAGUGAUAGGAGCAAUGGCAAUGGUUAGGAACAGUGUUGGUUCAGAUUGUUAUGUAGCAGAUGAGCUUAUCACAUCCCGUGCGAAGAGAAGAAUUCGGGUGGGAAAUACAGAUGCAGAAGGACGGAUGGCAAUGGUGGAUCUGCUGUGCCACAUGAAAGAAUUGGCUCUUGAGGAUUAUGAUCCCGACCGCUUUGAACUGUUCACUAUUGCAACACUAACUGGGCAUGCUAUUCGAGCUGUUGGUGGCAACUACUCGAUCAUCAUGGAUAAUGGUCCUGCCCAACAGGCUAAGACUGCAUACCAACUUCAGUCAGCUGGUGAUGAAGUGGCUGAUCCUUUCGAAAUCUCCACCAUUCGACGUGAAGAUUACGAUUUUCACAAGGGGAAGUCUGAGUAUGAAGAGAUUCUGCAGUGCAACAACCUGCCAUCCAGUGCCACACCCCGCGGACAUCAAUCGCCUGCAGCUUUCCUCAUCAUGGCUUCUGGCCUGGAUAAGCAUGGAAUCGAUUCUGAAAAACCCCUGCACUAUUCUCACAUUGAUAUAGCUGGAUCCUCUGGCCCAUUUCCUGGCAUACCCACUGGAUCACCAGUGGUUGCCCUGGCAGCAAAAUACGUGCUAAGUCGUAUUUGAAUAGCUGAUGGAAAGCACAAAGGCACAUGGAGAUAAGAAAUGUCACAUUAUCAACUAUUGGAGGCCAUGCAGUGUCAUAAGAUGUCUUAAUAAUGGGCUUUGUAGUUUCACCUGACAUGGGAACAAAAAAUGAAGUUAAACAUGAGGUGUUGGUAUAAAUCAGUCAGUGCAGCCUUCCUAGAACUGACUGCAGACAGUACUCCAAAGUUCCUCAGGUAGGCGAAUGAAUAAGUUACUGUCUUUCAGUACAAAAUUGUGUUGGUACAAUGUAAACAUUUCUGCAAAGCUCAACUACCAGUGCUCUAAAUUUCAAGUUGAGCUGAGGUGGGAAAAAAAUUACUUGGGGUCACACGAUCAGAAGAAGGAAAUUAGUGAUUGUGACAGAAACAAUCACCGAAUGUAUUGUUCAGAAAUAAAUAAAGAUUAAGAUGGCCUUGUUUGGGAGGGUCUUAUUGGAGAUGAUUAAGCCAGUGAAUACACAUGAAAUGCCAGUUCACUUGGUAUCUGUGGUUGACCUUGUCCUGCAAAAAUAAUUGCAGUUGUACUUGUUGUUAAGUAUCAUGAUUUGCAUUCUGGCUCUUGCUUGAAUGUAUGAUUUAAACCAAACUAAGUAUUAGAAAGUACUUGUUCCAAACUUCUCUAUAGUCACGAAUGGACAUUUGCAUUGGUAGUGGAUCAUUUUCAGCAAAUAAUGUUCAUGAAAUAGUGCAGCUGUGAUGGCCUUGUGGUAUUGUUGUACUGUUCAUUGGGAGACCCAGCAAAAGUUCUGGGGACAUUGAUUCAAUUCUACCAAGGCAGAUGGUGGCAUUUGAACCCAGUAAAAAUCUGGAUUAAUGAUUCUAAUGAUGUCAAUGAAACCAUUGCCAAUUGUUUGCUCAUGUCCAUGAGAGAUGGAAACGGCUGUUUUUAUCUGGUCUUGCCUACAUUUGACUCCUGACCCACCGCAAUGUAGUUGAUUCUUAACUGCCAUCUAUACUUAAAUUGUCCAGACUAUAUUUGCUGGCGUAGCCAGUAAUGUCCUGACCUUUUCAAAGUACAUGCCUCAAAAGAUGAGGACAUGCUAUCAUUGAACAGGACAAUUAAUUUCCUUGAGGUGCCGUAAUUCUCACAACAUGACAUUUCGAUUACGGAGCAUCACUUGUUUGGGCCAUUACUUACUGAAUACAUAUACUUCGGGUUUCAGUAUAGAAUUGAUGCAAUAGCACAUGUUUUGGUGAAUUUCUUGGUUUUCACUGUCCAACAACAACUUCUGUUAUACUUAAAAGAUCCCAUGACGUCAUAAAUGUUAAAUGGUUUUUCUAAGUUGCCCUUUGAGGAAAAUUUUGGUCUAAAAUUUCAUUCUUGUGAUGGGUGGAAUUGAGAGCAGUGUUUUCGUGAGAGGUGCUGAUUUCUCAAAUCGGAGUCACAAAGCUUUGCAUAAAAGCAUGCUCACUGCUUAAAACCAGUCAUAAACUCAAUUUGAGAUUGCUUCAAUCCCUGAUCUUUAGUGUUUCAUGAAGAAGUCAUUGCAGAAUCUCAGCAUGCUCCAGGUACUUGUGCUUUGUAGCAGGUUUUAUGCUAAAGUUAGUAAUUGUGCCUUGGAUCUAACAUCAGUUGAAGCGUGCGGCUGAUUUAAUAGGAAACUGGCCUACACUGUGAGGAGCUGGAUUAAUUGUCAACUGAACCCAGCAGCAUAAUUCUUAGAAGUUUUGAAUUGAGGUGCUCUCAUAUGGGAUGUCAAAAAAGAGGUAAGACAGCAUAGUAGAAGUUUGUUUUUGUACUUUGUUUUUUUUUGAAAGGAGUAAAAAAAAAUUGUUCACCACUUGUGACCAGAACAGAACUAUCAAAUGCAAAGGCUGUUCCCUCACAUCAGGAACCUGGGACUGCUUUUUACAUCAAGGCUUGCAGAUAGGGCUUUAACUUGCAUCAUGAUUCUCUUGUCUUCUCGUGCACGUUGACCAGGAUAACAUUUUUUGGAUCAAUUUGCUGCAGACUCGAGUCUUGGUUAAUUGAUGCUGAAAGACCAAGUCUUAUCAAUAAACCAAAUGUUUGUACAGAA